AUGACAUCCCUCCCAUUGACUGUGGGCUUACUGCUCUCCGUGUGCACUUUUUCACAAGCUGCACGUAUAGACCUCCCCAUCCAGCUCCAGAACACCUAUCAUUCGGUCCCGGUUGGGCUUGGGACGCCGCCAAAGACUUUCCGUUUGAUCCCUGACACAGGGUCUGUCCCCUCUUGGGUGCUCAAUACAGACUGUGCUCCGGGAAGUAAUGCGUGCCCUAAUGGCAGUGGCUACACCCGUGUUCCAUAUGACCCCGCAGCCUCCAACACCUCCGUCGCAACUCCAUACUACGGCGCUAUCAGCUAUAUUGCCGGCGUGUCGGUCGGAGGCUCUAUCUACGAGGACGUCAUGUCCUUUACGUCGACUUUGGGCGCCCCCGUGCUAUUCAAUCAGACAUUCAUCGAUGCCGAGGCAUCUGGCUGGCGUUUCCUCCCUGGCGAUGGCUACUUUGGACUUGGGUUCUCGACAGCUGCGGAGCCGCAUACGGAGUCGAUCUUCGAGACGAUGGUCCAGGCGGGUGUUGUCGAUGAACCUAAGUUCAGCAUCUACUUCGGGAACGGGACGGAUCCUGUCGACGAAAACAUGAACAUCGUGCCCAACGAUGGAGUCCUCACUCUUGGAGGGUCGCGCGCGGAUGAAUAUGUGGAAGGGGGCGCAGCUUCAGUAAGGCGCUUUGACCUUGUGCCGCCGUACGAGGUGCGUGUCAGCCUGAAUGAUUUUGCGUUUGUGCCCUUAGAUAUGCGGGUCAAGGUAUGGAAGACAGGCGCAUCAGAGGUUCAGUUCUCGGGUGCAGCGAACAAGACAUUGUCGCUGGCCGACACGUCGAUUGUAUUCGACACCGGUGCAUCCAAUCUCGCUGUCCCGACUAGCCUGAUCGAGGAGAUGUACGCAGCGAUCGGUGCCAACUACACAGCACUCCUCCACGGUGCCCCUCUGCAAUGCUCGCAGAUGAACGCAUCGUGGUCGCUCGAGCUUACCGUUGGCGGGACAAUGGAACAGACGAUCUCGUUCACUGGCGCUCAGCUGGCGCAUCCCGGUCUUGGUGGCCAUGCAGAGUGGUGCAUCCCGCCUUUCGAUGACUUCGGUGGAGAGGGCACAUUCAUCGUUGGCAAUUGGAUUAUUGCUCGUUUCUACAGCGAGUGGGAUCUCGGGGCGACGGAGGUGGCGAAUUAUCAGCCGACGCUCGGAUUUGGUGUGUUGAAGUCUGGGUUGUAGAUCUACGCAAUAGGACAGUGAGGCUGGUAGGAAUGUACACUACGAAGGUGCUAGAUGCUAAUGUUUAAUGGAGCGAGCCGGGUUC